CCGUGGGUCGAGAAGUAUCGGCCCAACACUCUGGAGGAAGUGGUCCAUCAAAGCCAUAUCAUAGCAAUGCUGUCCAAGUAUUUGACAAACGAUUGUUUCAAUGAAUUGCCGAAUCUUCUGCUGUUUGGUCCGCCGGGAACUGGAAAGACAUCGACGAUCAUAGCUCUGGCCAAACAGCUCUUCCAAACACAAUACAAGAAUCGGGUCUUAGAGUUGAACGCUUCCGAUGAGCGCGGAAUCGCUGUCAUUCGGGAAAAAGUCAAGUCCUUUGCGCAACAGUCGGUGUCUUCGGCCUCGAAGUCGAUUCCGGCCAUAAAACUGAUAAUUCUGGACGAAUGCGAUUCAAUGACACGCGACGCCCAGUCGGCCCUCAGGAGGACUAUGGAAACGGAGGCGAAGACCACUCGGUUUUGUUUGAUUUGCAAUUAUGUUUCGCGAAUCAUUGAGCCGUUGGUCUCCCGAUGCUCUGUAUUUCGGUUCAAACUCUUAGACUCUGACCUUUCGGUGCGAAAACUGAGACAAAUUUCGGACUUAGAAACGGUCCGUAUUAGCGAUGAAGUGCUCUCUGAGUUGGUCUCACUGUCGGAGGGAGACCUGAGGCGAGCCAUCACUUUAUUACAGUCGGCGUCUCUUAUUAAAGAAGCCGACGAAGAGGUGACCAUCGAUGACAUACACGACGUGUCCGGUUAUAUACCCAACAGUUAUAUCGAAGACUUCGUAAGGAUUUGUCGGUCGAAAUCAUACGACAAUUUGAAAGAUUUUGUGACAGAACUCAUUGGUUGCGGUUAUUCUGGCGCUCAGUUUCUGUUGCAAACACAUCAAUGGCUCGUAGAUUGCGAUCAGUUAUUACUUUCAGACAUUCAAAAGUCUAUUAUAAGCGAAAGAAUUGCUUUCAAUGAUAAGCGACUUCUCGAUGGCGCCGACGAAUACCUUCAGAUCCUAGAUAUCGGCGCUCUUAUCAUAAGCACUAUUGACAGCCAAUAAUAGUUUAUGUAUUUUGAUUGUGUGAUC